AUGGCGGCUGCGACGAGCAACGAUAAGGUGGAGGAGGUCUUCGAGGAGGGCGAGGCCCCCAAGCAGGCCCAGUCCAUCCACCGCAUUCGUGCCAACUCUACUAUAAUGCAGUUGAGCAAGAUCCUCGGUGAGUCAAUCACCAGCGCGGUGUCGAGUCCUGCCCUGGACUGGAGCGAGAUGUCCGAGACGAAAGUCCGACAGCUUUGGAAGCACCGCGUCAUGCGGUUGGAUGUUGCGAACCGUGGAGAGAUUCCUAUUCGUAUCUUCAGAACAGCUCACGAGCUUUCAUUGCACACCAUUGCUGUCUUCAGUUAUGAGGACCGUCUCAGCAUGCACAGGCAAAAGGCCGACGAGGCCUACGUCAUUGGCAAGCGCGGACAGUACACCCCUGUUGGCGCUUAUCUCGCGGGCGACGAGAUUAUCAAGAUCGCACUUGAGCAUGGCGCCCAGAUGAUCCACCCUGGUUACGGGUUCUUGUCUGAGAAUGCCGAAUUCGCGAAGAAUGUCGAGAAGGCUGGCCUUAUCUUCGUCGGACCUACGGCCGAGGUCAUCGACUCCCUCGGAGACAAGGUCUCUGCCCGAAAGAUCGCCAUCAAGGCAAACGUACCCGUCGUCCCCGGAACAGAGGGCGCAGUGGAGAAGUUCGAGGAGGUCAAGAGCUUCACCGACCAAUAUGGCUUCCCGAUCAUCAUCAAGGCCGCCUACGGAGGUGGUGGCCGUGGCAUGCGUGUGGUCCGCGACCAGGAAUCGCUGAAGGAGAACUUCGAGCGCGCCACGUCCGAGGCAAAGUCGGCCUUCGGCAACGGCACCGUCUUCGUCGAGCGCUUCCUCGACAAGCCCAAGCACAUCGAGGUGCAGCUUCUCGGUGACAACCAUGGCAACAUUGUGCACCUGUACGAGCGUGACUGCUCCGUCCAGAGGCGGCACCAGAAGGUCGUCGAGAUCGCCCCGGCCAAGGACCUGCCCACCGAGGUCCGCGACUCCAUGCUCAACGACGCCGUCCGCCUUGCAAAGUCGGUUGGCUACCGCAACGCCGGCACCGCAGAGUUCCUGGUCGACCAGCAGAACAGGUACUACUUCAUCGAGAUCAACCCCCGCAUCCAGGUCGAGCACACCAUCACCGAGGAGAUCACGGGCAUCGACAUCGUCGCCGCCCAGAUCCAGAUCGCAGCCGGCGCGACCCUCGCCCAGCUCGGCCUCACCCAGGACCGCAUCUCCACCCGGGGCUUCGCCAUCCAGUGCCGUAUCACCACCGAGGACCCGGCCAAGGGCUUCCAGCCUGACACCGGCCGCAUUGAGGUCUACCGCAGUGCUGGUGGCAACGGUGUCCGUCUGGAUGGUGGCAACGGUUUCGCCGGUGCUGUCAUCACCCACUUGCAGAUCAUCUACCGUCGACAGUCAGUCAACACAGCGUCCCACGUCGACAACAUGGCCUUCGACGUUCCAGAUUACGUGUCGUGGCUCGUUUGGGCGUUCCUACUUCGAGCACCGCCCAUCGUCCAUCAGUCUGCUGUCUCUGUCCCGCGAUUUGAGUCUCAGGACCUGCUUGAAGAGUUCAUGGAAGACACGCGCAUCUCCUUCGUUCCGGGAAUCUCGGACGUCGUCCAAGCUCCUAAGCCACCCAAAAUCGACUACUUCAAGAGCCUUUCGACGAUCGCCGAGUCGUCUUGGGUUAUCUAUGGUCUUGUUCUCGAGAAGGUCGACUGUCGGCCCGACUUUUACGUUGGUUCCGCCACAAACUCGAUCGACGGUGCUCAGAGUCGCUUUCAAGACUACGAUGAGGAAGUCAACCUGCCUCGGUUGGUCAAGGAGGCCCUGGAAGAUGGCUACACUAUCACGCACAGAUGCAUUCUGUGCCGGGCACCAAUUCCACCUCCUGCAAUGAGAUUCCGACUGCGCGAUCUAUUCCUCACCCUCGAAGCUAUCUUUUCGAUCGUCUUCGGGGCCAUGAAUUCGAAGGCGCGCGAAUCACGUCUGCCUGAUAUAUGCCCGUGGUCAUUCGAGUCGUUUGAGUACGAUGGUUUGUGCACUCACUCUGCCUAUGGCGAGGGUCUCACGUUGGGAACUGCCAGUGGGCUUGCCCCUGACGAGCUGACAGCCCACUUCGAAAGGAGGAUCGACGAGAUAAGGGAGAAUGAACGGCGAUACAGAGCCGAGGCACUGGAGUCACGAAGAUACUACGACGACGUAUGCGAUGUCUCAUUCGGCCAAAAAACCUGGUUGAUUGAUCAUCUCAAGUCGGACUUGCACAAGAGGAGGGCUGCGAAAGCUGGCCGGUCGGUCGUCGAUGAUCCAAACGUAGAUGAUCUAGACGUGCUCGACUCGCCUGUCAAUGAUCAAGAGACCGCCGACUCGGUAAUGGACGACGUCCAGGCUACUGAUGGUCCCGCUCCCGACCUUUCUUCGGACCCCCGAUAUCAAGCUGCCCUCGAAGUCGAUCGACAAUACAAGGCGAAAUGGCACGCCGACAAUAUCGCCGCAAAAAAGUACCACUGUCCUGUCUGCAACAAGUCUUGCGGGGAGCGCGGCCUACUGUUGCGUCACGAAAAGUCGCGCACUCAUGAGAAGAAUGCCAAGGCAGCUGCCGCGCAGGGCGCCGAGUAUGCUCCUCCUACUGUCAACCCCCGGUACGCCCGUCUGAGGGCCGCGAACAUCGCCGCAAAGAAGUUCUAUUCCUACUAUGACUCCUUGCUAACUAAGCUCACGGCCCACGGCUCUACAUACGAGAUCUCUCGUCGCAAGGUUCUAAGGUCUAUCGUCGAAUUUCGCAUCAGAGGCGUCAAGACGAACAUCCCCUUCCUUGCCUCUCUUCUGACAAAUGAGGUGUUUGUCAACGGCAACUGCUGGACCACCUUCAUCGACGACACCCCGUCGCUCUUUGACCUCAUUGGCUCUCAGAACCGUGCUCAGAAGCUGCUCGCAUAUCUGGGUGAUCUUACAGUCAACGGAAGCAGCAUCAAGGGGCAGGUCGGCGAGCCCAAGUUCAAGGGCGAGAUCAUCAUUCCUGAACUCCACGAUGACACCGGCAACAAGCUCGAUGUCAGCAAGCCCUCAACCAAGGGAUGGCGAAACAUCAUUGUGGAGCAAGGUCCUGCGGCUUUCGCAAAGGCUGUCCGUGAAUACAAGGGCACUUUGCUGAUGGACACCACAUGGAGAGAUGCCCACCAGUCUCUGCUGGCCACCCGUGUCCGGACUGUCGACCUGUGCAAUAUCGCCAAGGAGACGAGCCAUGCCCUGGCAAACCUGUACAGUCUGGAAUGCUGGGGUGGAGCGACAUUCGACGUCGCCAUGCGUUUCCUCUACGAGGAUCCUUGGGACAGGCUGCGAAAGAUGCGCAAGCUUAUCCCCAACAUCCCCUUCCAGAUGCUUCUCCGAGGCGCCAACGGCGUGGCUUAUUCCUCUCUGCCCGACAACGCCAUUGACCAAUUCGUCGACCAGGCCAAGAAGAACGGUGUUGACAUCUUCCGUGUCUUCGAUGCUUUGAACGACAUUGACCAGCUUGAGGUUGGCAUUAAGGCUGUCCACAAGGCCGGUGGUGUCGUUGAGGGUACUGUGUGCUACUCUGGAGACAUGCUCAACCCCAAGAAGAAGUACAACCUGGAGUACUACCUCGACCUGGUUGACAAGCUCGUGAAGCUUGACAUCCACGUCCUCGGCGUGAAGGAUAUGGCUGGUGUGCUCAAGCCCCAUGCCGCGAAGUUGCUGAUCGGCGCGAUCCGCAAGAAGUACCCUGACCUGCCCAUUCACGUGCACACGCACGACUCGGCCGGUACUGGUGUCGCCUCCAUGGUCGCUUGUGCUGAGUACGGCGCUGAUGCCGUUGACGCCUGCAGUGACAGCAUGUCUGGUAUGACAUCGCAGCCCAGCAUCAACGCCCUGCUCGCCUCCCUCGAGGGAACCAACCUCGACCCUGGCCUGAAUGUCCACCACGUCCGUGCCCUGGACACCUACUGGUCCCAGCUUCGCCUGCUGUACUCGCCAUUUGAGGCUCAUCUUGCAGGACCCGACCCCGAGGUGUACGAGCACGAAAUCCCAGGUGGGCAGCUCACGAACAUGAUGUUCCAGGCCCAGCAGCUUGGUCUGGGCUCCCAAUGGCUCGAGACCAAGAAGGCCUACGAGCAAGCCAACGACCUCCUCGGCGACAUCGUCAAAGUCACACCCACUUCUAAGGUCGUCGGUGAUCUGGCCCAGUUCAUGGUCUCCAACAAGCUGUCCGAAGAGGAUGUCAAGGCGCGGGCCAAGGAGCUCGACUUCCCCGGCUCAGUCCUUGAGUUCCUCGAGGGCUUGAUGGGACAGCCUUACGGUGGCUUCCCCGAGCCACUCCGCACAGAUGCACUCCGUGGACGCAGGAAGCUCGACAAGCGCCCUGGCUUGUUCCUCGAGCCUGUCGACUUCGCCAAGGUCAGGCGCGAUCUCGCCAAGAAGUACGGCGCUGGCAUUACAGAGUGUGACGUCGCGUCGUAUGUCAUGUACCCCAAGGUCUUCGAGGACUACAAGGACUUCACCCUCAAGUUCGGUGAUCUCUCGGUCCUGCCGACCAAGUACUUCCUCACCAAGCCGGAGAUCGGCGAGGAGUUCCACGUCGAGCUCGAGAAGGGCAAGGUGCUCAUCCUGAAGCUGCUCGCCAUCGGGCCCCUGACGGAGCAUACGGGACAGCGAGAGGUGUUCUACGAGAUGAACGGCGAGGUCAGGCAGGUCACUGUCGACGACAAGAAGGCCAGCGUCGAGAACGUCAGCCGCCCCAAGGCCGACCCCACCGACAGUAGCCAGGUCGGUGCCCCCAUGGCCGGCGUGCUGGUGGAGCUCCGCGUCCACGAGGGCACCGAGGUCAAGAAGGGAGACCCUCUUGCUGUUCUCAGCGCCAUGAAGAUGGAAAUGGUCAUCUCCGCGCCCCACAACGGCAAGGUGUCGUCGCUCCAGGUCCGCGAGGGCGAUUCCGUCGACGGAACGGAUCUGGUCUGCAAGAUCGUCAAGGGUUAG